UAUCUUCGCGAAAAAAAUAUUACAAUAAUGACUUUUAAGCUGAUUCCUUUAACAAUGUUCAAAGCCAAUGUGCUUAUGCUGGUUACACAAAUUAAUUCAAAACCAAGUCUAAGGGUUAUUGGUUCUUUUUCUUGUGAGAAGGCAAAUGCAAGAAAUUUGUUUGAGAGUGAAUUGAAACGCCGACAAAAAGCUUUAGAGAAACAACAGAAACAAGUUCAAAAAGAAGCUGAAAAACUGGCUAAUCAAGCCAUUCAAGUUUUGAAACCCAAACAUAAAAAGGAAGAUGAAGAUAUAUCACCCAACGAAUAUUUCAAGUUGAGAACAGGGGCCAUCAUGAAGCUUAAAGGUCUCGGGGGUGAAAGCCAUCCUUACCCUCAUAAGUUCCAUGUAUCAAUUUCUCUUCAAGAUUUCAUUGAUAAAUAUUCUCAUCUAAAUGAUGGUGAUGUUGAAUCUGAAAAAGUCAGUGUAGCAGGAAGAGUUCAUGCUAUUCGUGAAUCAGGAGCUAAAUUGAUAUUUUACGAUUUGAGAGCUGAAGGGACUAAACUACAAGUUAUGGCUACUGCAGCAUGUUAUCCUGAUGAAAACAAGUUUUUUGAAGAUACAGAAAAGAUAAGGAGAGGAGACAUCAUUGGUGUAGAGGGGGUACCAACGAAGACUAAGAAAGGUGAACUCUCUGUACGACCCCAAAGUAUCAAAUUAUUGUCACCUUGCCUUCACAUGUUACCACAUCUUCAUUAUGGUCUAAAAGAUAAAGAAACAAGAUUUAGACAAAGAUAUCUGGACCUACUCAUGAACAAAAGAGUUCGAGAUAUCUUUAUCACUAGGACCAAAAUAAUUUCAUAUGUAAGAAAAUUUUUAGAUGAAAUGGGGUUUUUAGAAGUAGAAACACCUCUGAUGAACAUGAUUGCUGGAGGCGCAACUGCCAAACCUUUCAUAACCCAUCAUAAUGAGUUAAAUAUGGAUCUUUUCAUGAGAAUAGCCCCUGAACUCUACCUGAAAAUGCUGGUAGUAGGUGGAUUAGAUCGUGUUUAUGAAAUCGGACGACAAUUCAGGAACGAAGGUAUAGACCUAACACACAAUCCUGAGUUCACAACUUGUGAGUUUUAUAUGGCAUAUGCUGAUUAUAACGAUCUCAUGUCGAUAACAGAAACAAUGCUUUCUGGAAUGGUGCAUAGCAUUCAUGGUACAUACAAAAUUAAAUAUCACCCGGAUGGACCAGAAGGUGAAGAACUUGAACUCGACUUCACACCUCCCUUUGAAAGAAUUGACAUAAUUGCUGGCCUGGAAAAGGCUUUGAAUGUUAAAAUGCCUAAGGUAGCUUAUGAAUCUGAUGAAAUGAAUAAAUUUCUUCUGGAACAGAUAAAUAGACACAAUAUAGAAUUUAGCCCUCCCCAUACUAAUGCUAGAGCAUUUGAUAAGCUGAUAGGCGAAUUCUUGGAAAUUGAAUGCAUCAAUCCAACUUUCAUUGUUGGACAUCCCCAGGUCAUGAGUCCCUUAGCCAAAUAUCACAGAUCAGUUACAGGUUUGACGGAGAGAUUUGAACUGUUUGUAGCAAAAAAAGAAAUAUGCAAUGCAUACACUGAACUCAACGAUCCAAUGGUACAGCGCGAAAGGUUUGAUGAACAAGCAAAACAAAAGGCAGCAGGUGAUGACGAGAUCCAGUUAAUUGACGAAAACUUCUGCACAGCUUUGGAAUAUGGUCUGCCACCUACCGGAGGUUGGGGGCUUGGAGUAGAUCGUUUGACUAUGUUCCUCACCGACAAUAACAAUAUUAAGGAGGUACUUCUCUUUCCAAUGAUGAAACCUGAUGAUCCAUCUAAAAAAAUCAAGCAAGAAUUAAAUGGUCUACCUGAGUAACCACAAAAAAAUUGAAUUCUUUCAUAACAUUGAAACAAUAAAUGAAACUUUACUU